CGCCCGAGCCGAGGAGCCCGGCGGGCCUCGGGCCGGCCGGACCGCCGCGCAGCAACACCGCCGCACGGCCCGGAACCCGUCGCAGCGACUCUGCGUCCGCAGCUCACGAACCUUCCCCUCUUCCCAGAGCGUCCUCUUUAUCCCAACCGCCUAGAACUCAGCCCUACAAAUGCAAAACAUCCUCCUAAAUUCGAUCUCGUCGAGCCAGCGCCAGCCAAUACAGUGCGCGGGCGGCGGUCACGUGACGGCGGUGGGGCGGCGUUCCCACGCCCGCGAGCUCUAUGGUGCUCCGCGGCUCGCUAGAGGGCGUGUGGUCCGCUGGAGGACUCCCUACAUUCCGCCUCCAUUACCUCACUGCCUCCGGUGGCUGCUGGGAUACCGGAGGACUCGAACCCCGGGUCGACUCAGUCCUCCAGCCGCCCGGGGAAUACCUCCAGUUCUUCCUGGACGUCGCCGCCGCUGCCGCCGCCCCGCUGCUUCCUCCGCCUCCCGCCCGCCGGUCUCCUUCGCUCCGCCCGGCCCGCGCCUCGCGUCCGGCCCGCUUCUCCUAGAAGCCCCCACCCAGGCGUAUGGCUCCAUGAAGCAAGAAGAGGAGGAGACAGAGCGCGAGAGGUCUCGUCCGCCCCGGCCGCGUCUGGGCCAGAAGAAAAGGUACAAGAAGAAGGAAUGGAAUUGGAAGGAAGAAAAUCCAUUCCAGAGGCAAAAUAGAUCCCCUCCUCUGUUGUAGCUGUUCUCUCACAAUACAAAUUUUCUGCUUUCAGGUUCUGCAGCAUUCUAGACCACGAGCACCAAAUCAGGAUGGGAAAAAGACGUUGCGUUCCUCCACUUGAGCCCAAGUUGGCAGCUGGCUGUUGUGGGGUCAAGAAGCCAAAGCUAUCUGGAAGUGGAACACACGGUCACGGGAACCAGUCCACAACUGUCCCUGGCUCUAGUUCAGGACCUCUUCAAAACCACCAGCAUGUGGACAGCAGCAGUGGACGGGAGAAUGUGUCGGACUUGACCUUGGCACCUGGAAACUCUCCCAUCACACGGAUGAAUCCCGCAUCGGGAGCGCUGAGCCCUCUCCCCCGGCCUAAUGGACCUGCCAACACCACCAAGAACCUGGUGGUGACUGCAGAAAUGUGCUGCUACUGCUUCGACGUGCUCUACUGUCACCUCUAUGGCUUCCCACAGCCACGGCUUCCUAGAUUCACCAAUGACCCCUAUCCACUCUUUGUGACCUGGAAGACAGGGCGGGAUAAGCGGCUCCGCGGCUGCAUUGGGACCUUCUCAGCCAUGAAUCUUCACUCAGGACUCAGGGAAUACACGCUAACCAGUGCACUUAAGGACAGCCGAUUCCCCCCUCUGACCCGAGAGGAGCUGCCUAAGCUUUUCUGCUCUGUCUCCCUCCUCACUAACUUUGAGGAUGCCGGUGAUUACCUGGACUGGGAGGUAGGGGUUCAUGGGAUUCGAAUUGAAUUCAUCAAUGAAAAAGGUGUCAAACGCACAGCCACAUACUUACCUGAGGUUGCUAAGGAACAAGACUGGGAUCAGAUCCAGACGAUAGACUCCUUGCUCAGGAAAGGUGGUUUUAAGGCCCCAAUCACCAGUGAAUUCAGAAAGUCAAUCAAACUCACCAGGUACCGAAGUGAGAAGGUGACAAUCAGUUAUGCAGAGUAUAUUGCUUCUCGACAGCACUGUUUCCAGAAUGGCACUCUUCAUGCCCCGCCCCUCUACAAUCAUUACUCCUGACACACGGCUGCAUGACCAGUCCCACCCCCCUGUGGCCACCAGUGGCUAUGACAUCAUUGGAGCAGAUGCCUCCUCUUCUUGGUCCAGUUACUUCUAUUACUGCACCAUUUUAUGAUGCUAGCUUCCGUUGCCAAGUCUGCCUCCCACUGACUGAGGGGUGUGGGGUUACACUGAAUGAAACAGAACUUUAGGGGCCCAAGCCUUAUCUCAGCCUUUCCUCAAUAUGGGGUCCAUUGGAUUGGGGCUCCUCCAUGACUAGUGAGAAUUACUGUGGGUUCAGAAGACUCUUGUCUGGUGACUUGCCACACAUGUGCUGGCUAUAUUCUGGAAGCUGGAAUUGAUGAUCCGUGAAAGUUUACUCCACACCCAAGCCCCACAGCUUUCCCAUCAAGUAGGUGUGUUCCCCUGGCAGUCUGGGCAACGGAGACCAACAAGAAACAUUUUUAGGUUGUUUUAAAUUCCUUUUUUUUAAACUUCCAGUUUAUUGCAUACCAAGAGUUGAUCACAACCUCCAUGCUUCAUAAGUGGACGCCAUGUUAGGGUCAAAUGUGGGCACCGUGAGUCCUUCAAGGCUCCUGGACAGAGACCCACAUGCAGAUCGGAAGCCCUUUGGAUGGCGUUGCAGAUCCAUUGCUCAAUAAGCCGUGGAGGUGUCAAUGGUCACCCCACUCAGCUGGAUUUUCUGGCUUUGUUCCUUCAUCAAGUCUCCUGGUAUUGAACAGAGCUGUGUGGUGUAGCCUGCUGAGGAGUUGAAUGGAGAUGCCUCUAGAAGGUCUUGAUGUCAUCGCUGCAAGCAGGUGUGGAAAGAGAGACUUCUUCUCACCUCCUGGCUACCUCACCCUUCUUCUGGUAGUAGUGCCUGUGUAACUGGAUCUGAGCUCUCAGAAGCAUAGAUGUGCAAAUAGGCAUUUGGGUUGUGUUGUCAUAGGGGAGAAUCCACUGUCUUCCAGCUGGUUUUCUCUUCAAGUAAACAUCCUGCGGGACCUUUAAGCAAGGGAGUUUUCUUUUUCCAGUUUGCCUAUAGAAGUGGAAAGACAGUUGCUAUUCAGUCAGUCCUUUGGACACUAGAGCAAAGCUGUAUAAUUAAACAAGGUGAAUCUUUGUGUUGCCUACCAUGCUGGGAAUAUUUACCCCAUUGGGGCAAAUUUCCAAAUCACUUGUGGUUCUUAGUCAUUUAAACUCCUGACAUUUCCUUUUCUCGUUGCUGAUUUCCAAUAGCCAGCAGCAAGUUUUCCUCCCUUGCCUAUUCUUCACUCGUUCGGUGGCACAAUUCAUAGAACCAGGAGACUUGAGGUGUUCUGAAAGCACUGUCACAAAGGCACUGCAAAAGUGAUCGAUCCACAGAAGAGGUGGCCAGCUGGAAGGAAGGAGCCCGAGGAUGGUGCACUGGCUUUCAGCACAUGCUUAGAGAACUUUUGCGGAGGGCUGGGUUUCAACCCAGUGAACACAUUUUUAUUUAAUUUAUUUUUUAGUUUAUGUGGUGAUAGUGUGGCUUUCCAAAACGAGCAAAACUUGUCAAAAGAUCUUUGGAAUUUCCUUCUGCCAGGAAUGUAGCGGGAGAAAAGGGACACUUGUGCUAUUCUAGGUAUUGCUUCUAAGUUCCUGGGGAGGAGUAUGAGGGCCAGUUUGUAUUGCUAGUGAAGACCUGGGAUGAAUGGGGAGAUGCAAAUGGCAUCAGAGUGCCCAGGCUGUGUCCCUUUCCUGCCAGGUUGGGUUCCUUUAGCCUGCCAUGUACCCCUGGUAAUGCCAGUGAAGGUGAUGGGUGUCAUGGUUUCCUGCCGCUGAAGGUGAUACAUGUAUUAGAGAUAGAUGUUAUGGCAGGUACACAGGUGCCAUGAUCGAUGUCAGGGUGGUUAGCUCAGGAGUGAGUCACCCACCUCCAAUUUGUACAACAGUAUUGACACAUAGGGCUACACUCAUUACUGUUCAUGUGUUCUAUGUUAAAAGUUGUGUUUAAUUUCUAAAGAUUUAAAAAAAAAAAAGCAAAAAAAAUUGGUGCUAAACUUAACCCCUGAGCACGCUCAGUGAGACUGGUCAUGCAAGCAUUUACAGUGCCAUGCUCCUCAAGCCCAUUUUUCUUGUAGAAAUGUUGCCCUAUUUGUCUUCCCCAAUGUAUAAUAUGUAUUUUAUUUUGUUGAGGGUGGGGUAGGAUACCUGCCAUUUAAAAAAAUGAACAGAAAAAUUUUAAACCCAAGAAAUGGGGAAAAAAAAAUCAGUGCACAAGAAUCGGGCUGGUGAAGGCCAGCCCCACACUGAAGUGGGCUCAGUGGUUUUGGAGUGAAGAAGCCUUACUCCCUGCACAUUCCCUCACGCUCCCACACGAGUCCAGCCAUGGAGAUGCUCUGGCUCCUCUUGCCUUGUCAAGGAGCCCAGGAGUCAGCCAAGGAAAACUCUUUGGCCCGAUAAGGAAUAGGCACUGUUAAUGCCUGUCCUGACCAAGGCCUGGUCAGGAAGAAGUCUGGAAGUGUUUGGUCAUUGUCACCUCAUAGAAACAUGUGGCAGGUGGCUCUCAGGAAAACUACCGUGUGGCUCAUCAUGUGGCAGCUUUGCAUAGGGAGGUAACAGCUCUGAACUGGAACUGAACUGCCUUCCUCAACGCUUACCAAAACAUUAAUGAGGGUGGCCAGUCCAUGCUGAAUGAGUGAUGGGUAGAGAAAAGGGAAUGUUUCCUGCCCAGUGUUUCCUUUGUCCUUGGGCCACUUGAGCUUAACAGUAGAUAACCACUGUUGUCAAGGAACCAGCCCAACUUUGCUAGCUUGGUUCGGAGUUUGUUUCAUCCCUAGCUGUGAGUGCCUUUUGGUCUGGAAAGUUGGCUUGUCUCAUCAUACCCACAGCUAGGACAUUCUCUCUGUAAUUAUGAAUUGUCCUUGUUUUACAUGAACUAAAAGAGAAUGUCUUUGAUCACUAGAGUUUGUCAGUGUUGGAUUGUUUCAACUGUGAGGUUCUUAAACUUUUUCGCUUCAUAAUAUCAAAACAAUUCAUGUUAGAGACCCUUUCAUGCGAAAGGUUUGUAGUUGAGACAUUACAUAUAUUUUACUGUUUAUAAUAAAAAUAAUUAUACAAAACAAGUCCUGGGUGUUAAUUUUAAUAUUUUGCACAAAAUCUGUUUUCCAUAUGUUAACAUCUACAGUUUCACUAACUUAAUGUUUCCUAUUGCAAUUUCUGGAGCCUAGGGAGCUACAUGUUUUUUGUUUCUUUCUGUUCUUAUUUCCUUGAAGCAAGAGACUGUAUGGCCUUCAGUGCAAAGACUUCAGACCAAUUCUUUGUAUUACAUUUGGUUGCCUCUUGGCUAUAUAACUUCUGAGUGCAAAUCAUUGAACUCUUUAACAAAGUAUUGUAGAGAAUAAAUCAUAAUGG